GGAAAAACGCCAUCUUUAAACCCCAGAAGAAACCUCUGAACAGCAGGACCAACGACGCACAGCGCCCGCGUCUGGAUCAAGUUCUGCGGGCAUCUUCUGUUUGUUAAGCGGUGAAACUAAAACGUUUUCAUAUCAAGGAACUGUAAGAACACGAUCGAGACACACUUUAUAGUUUUGAGACUAUAUUAACAAAAGGACAGCCAAGAACGACAACAACAAUAGACGGAAAGAGACACAACGGACGUGCAUUCAAGGCGUUGUUGUUGAGCUAGCAAGCUGGCUAGCCUCGCUAGCUAACGUCAGCUAGCAGCAUCUUUGUUUUUAAACGGCCACGUCUUGCCCCCUUUGUUGUCGCUUGCUUUUCUAACGUUAGCACCAUUUGGACUCGAUUGCGUGCCGGCAGCAAGUCCCGACUUUUCCCCUCCCCAGCGGUCCAGCCGGAGAUGCGUGGAAGAUGUCGGUUUCGGGGCUGAAGGCCGAAUUGAAGUUUCUGGAGUCCAUUUUUGAUCCAAACCACGAACGCUUCCGAAUAAUUGACUGGAAGCCGGACGAACUAAGCUGUCAGUUCAAUGUAACUGGAGAAAAACUUCUGAUAAUCCACUGCAACAUAACAGAGUCAUACCCUUUAACACCACCUAUAUGGUUUGUGGACUCUGAUGAUCCAAGCCUGACACAAGUGUUGGAGCGCCUUGAUGAUGUGAGAAAAGGAAGCACUCUGCUCUUGCAACAGCUGAAGAGGCUCAUCUGCGAUCUCUGCCGCCUGUACAACCUGCCCCAGCACCCAGAUGUGGAAAUGCUCGACCAGCCCCUGCCUGCUGGGCCUGUAGGGCAAGACCGCAAGCAUGGAACCACUGAUGAGGUCACGUCAGAGGAGGAGGAAGAGGAGGAAAUGGGAGAGGACAUCGAAGACCUCGACCACUACGAGAUGAAAGAGGAGGAGCCAGUGGACGGGAAGAAGUCUGAGGACGACGGGAUCGAGAAGGAGAACCUGGCUAUCCUGGAGAAGAUCAGAAAGAACCAGAGGCAGGACCACUUGAAUGUAAGUGCUCAUUCGGGGGCUGUUUCUGGGUCAGUGCAGGCCUCCGACCGCCUGAUGAAGGAGCUCCGGGAGAUCUACAGGUCCCAGAGUUACAAGACCGGGAUCUACUCUGUGGAGCUUUGCAACGACAGCCUCUAUGAAUGGCACGUGAAACUGAGGACGGUGGAUCCUGAUAGCCCUUUGCACAGUGACCUACAAGUCCUGAAGGAAAAGGAGGGGAUGGAUUACAUUCUGCUAAACUUUUCAUAUAAAGAUAACUUCCCCUUUGACCCUCCGUUUGUGCGGGUAGCGUCGCCUGUUCUGUCCGGAGGUUACGUCCUUGGAGGGGGAGCCCUAUGCAUGGAACUUCUCACUAAGCAGGGCUGGAGCAGUGCCUAUUCCAUAGAGUCUGUCAUCAUGCAGAUCAAUGCCACUUUAGUCAAAGGAAAAGCCAGAGUGCAGUUCGGAGCCAAUAAGAACCAGUAUAAUCUUGCCAGAGCACAACAGUCAUAUAAAUCCCUGGUCCAGAUCCAUGAAAAGAAUGGCUGGUACACACCCCCGAAGGAGGACGGCUAGAUAAGGAUUGUGGCCAUGUCAGUUCUGGGACCCCCCUGUCUUAGGAUCCAUACCCUUUUUGUUUCUUUUUGUUUUGUUUUUUUUUCCCUCCUUUUCUCCUAACUGGAGUUAUGUUCUUCACUGGAUGUUCAACUCCCACACCAGUUCCACUUGUUCUGUGACCAAACUGAUGACGACUCCCUUGAAAAACCACCUCAGCUAGCCUUCAGUACAGGAACCUCCCUUUCCACCACCAUUCCUCUUUUUCUCUCGCCUGUCAUUUCCCCCUGUCCUCCGUUGCGACAUCUCCCUAACCCCGUAUUAGACUCCACAUCAUCUGGCUCCGGUGAUUCCCACGUGGGCGAGCGAAGGAGUGGAUUCUGCCGGUGAUUUUGGUCAUGGAUGAGGCACAGCUUCUUCUACCAGCGGAGGCUCUCUGCCAGGACAUCCAUCUCGACCACGCAGAGCCCCACUGGCCUCAGACUGGACCUGACUAACCAGAGACAUCCCCCGCAGAGGGGCAGCAGAGAUUUACCCCCAACCCCACCUCACCCCCCCAGCCCCUCCCCAUUCUGGCUUUGUCAUGUCCGUGCUUGUGUAAUAUCUGUAUAAUGCCAAGAUUCCUCUUCCUCUGGACGCUGGUGCUCCAGAGGCUAGCGUGCUUACACAUACCCUGGGUCUACGGAAGCCAAACUCCCUGCCUGACUGGAGAAGACGAGCAGCACAGACUCCUGUGGCCAGGGUGAGACUGCUGCUCUGUGAAGGAUAUCCUGUUGAGAUAAGUGGUGGUGUUGGGGAUAAGGGGGGGGGCUCCCCAUUCCCCCCCCCCCCCCUCCAUCUUCCUCCUGGGCUGGAGUUUUGGGCAGUGUCAGCAACAUACCGAGACCAUGACCAGGCUUAGCAGUGGCAAGUUGGAAUUUAAUCACUGUAAUGUAGUUGAAUUUAACUCCACAUGUAAACUUGUAAAGUUGUAUUUCCGAGAAUGGAUUCUAAUUGUUUUUAAUGUAACCUUGUGUGGGUCUUUGGGGGUGGGCAGGAAUUGCAUUAGUAUACCCUUGACUACUCAUAGCAGGGCCAUCACAACUUCUGAAGACGUGUCACGCUAUAGAAAUAAGUUUGCUACACAGAUACUUUUACAGAAGUACACACAAAAAACACACACCAUAAACCAUGUUAUUAUGUAAGCUUAAUGACUACUACUGUUUAUUGAUUUCCUGUAUGAAGUGGAGUUCUGAGGUCAUAUUUGGCAACAGCCUACAACACACCAUUCCUUGUUCUAGUGGUACCUCAUUCUUUACCAUACGUUGUUGUAAUUGCACAGAUGGUGCUGUUUUGGCAUUCCAGACAUUGAAUCUAUUUGUAGCUGUCUCUUGAAACUUGAUGCACCUCAGUAAGGCUAUGCAGAGAAGGGACAGCAUUGUAUUUCCCAGUAGUGACGAGACCAUACCAAAAGACAUGUCUCCUUUCAAGUUUCUUCAGUCUCCAAGUAUAAAUCAACGGGGUCCACAGGUCCCAGCCAUUCCCUGGUCCUUAAGAACUGCCACCACCAACCCACGGGCAGAGAUUGAGUGGCUGGAAGGAACAUUGUGUUGUACCUUUGGCCCCCAAGAGACUGGUGUAUUGGUCAAGUCCCUUUUGAGGCCUAAGGUGUUCAGACGAAACCUCUCCUCCAACCAUAGCCUACUCUAUGGUACCUAGUCAUGACCCUUAACCUCAGCUCUGCCAUACCAUCAGCAUGCUGAGUCUUAAGUAGAAUGUGAAUAUUAUGCAGAAAAAAAAGAGUAUGUUGCAUUGCUUUUAAUGCUCUUACAUAUGACUCCAUAGGUGAUUGUGAGCUCACGCUGUUCCACAUUGUAUGUCGUCCUGAACCCCAGCAUAGGAACUAGCAUGUUCCUAGUUAAUAUCCUGCUUUUACUGUCAACGUUUUGGGUCAUCUUAAAGCUAACCUAAUCCAGAACACAGUUCUCCUUUUAAAACGACCAUGUAUCAUGUAGGUCAGAUUAAGUUCCACCUGUGUUUGUGCAAGUAACAGCCACCUCACUAGUUUCUCAAGACACAUCUUUGUAGAUUUUUUACAGUUUCUCUUUUUUUUUCUUCUCUCUCUCACAAGACUUGUAACAGUCAUGACAUAUGGCACUAUUCACUCCAUUACAGUAUAAGUACAUAAAUAGCUGUUGUCAUAGGCAUGGAUGUUGAUGGUGUUGUUGGUUUCCUCUUAGUCACCUCCUCCUGGGUCCAGACAUGCCCACUUAUAACUACCCCUGCCCCUGUGUUCUCUGCAGAAGCAAACUCAGGAAUACAUAAUGCGCACUUGACUUUGCAAGGGAUUGCUUCACAAGAUGCAAGUUUUAUUUUUCUGUUUAUUUCUUCAUAACUGGUUUACCAUUUGAUUCCCCUGUAAUUACAGUAAGCAUGAGUGCUUUUUAUUUAAUUUUUGCUUUUGGACUGCACACUUUCUGAGUUUUAUUCUGACAAACAUCCUUCAGGUUGUUUAGAGGGGAGCCAGUUGUGCUAAGGUUGAAGUGAUUGUUUUUGGGCAGACUUUGCCAUUCUUGAUUUAGACCCCUCCACACAUCAAUCUCCACAGAUGUUCGGUCCCGUGCUGAAGGAUGUUUUUGGGAACACUGACUCCAAACACACUCAUUUACCUCAACCAGUGCUGGUCUACAUGGGUGUUUUCAGGACAGACUCCAACUUGUCCCUUUGAUAUUAAUUGUCCCUUUUCGCAUGUAGAUAUAACAAGUCCUUUUGCUCUGUUGUAACUGUGGGUAUAGGGUUGAUGUCUAAAGAUGAAUACUGAAUAGGGUUGAUUUUUUGGGAGGGGGUUCCUGGGAAAGGGAUUUUUUACGGCAGUGUAAAACCUGAUUAACGAGAUCAGGUUAGCGAAGAGCAUCGGCUGCAUCCGGCGCAUUGUUAGAAAUACGAGACCAAAUUAAUUCUCAUCAGUAAACAAACACACAGCAGACUACUGUUCUUUCCACCUUAGCAGAACACCUAGUGAAGAUGAUAGGACUCCACCUCUCUGUCCUGGUCCCUGUGUCACCCUCCUCACGAGACGGUCUCAUCUUUAAUCUGGGUGGAGGUGCUGCUUCUCCUCGGGCCCCCGUGUCUGUAGUCUUGUCAGUUGUGCAGUGAGUUACAGCUUCUUUUUACACCUAUUUAUAGAUGGGUGUCUAACAUAAAGUCUAGGGGUUGUGGGAAUAUUGGCUUGAGACAUAAACUUGCCUAAUAAUGGGUUCCCUCUCUGGCUUCAUUCUGUGGUGGGUGGGUUAUAAAGUUAUGCACUGUUAGCAUGCUUUGGUUUUAUUUUAUAUUUUUCAUUGCAAGGGUAAUUUUGACCAUGUACAGUAAUUUGUAAACUUGCAUCAAGUUUAUGAAUAAAGAAUUUUAUGAAAUA